AUGGGUGACGCUGGUCAGAAAUUCGACCAUGGGCAAGGGCAUGUAGUGAUCAAGCAAGAGAAAGUAGACUACCGCUCUCCAGCGCCUGCACGGCGACAUGGCCAGCAAAGUAACAAACUUAAAUACCCUGAUGUCAGGAUGGCUUCAUGUUUUCGACCUAGUGGGCUACUUGCCUCUGAUCUACCUGUGGACAACAAGCACUACGUUGACAAGUCGAUGGGCUUGCGGCAUUUCUCAACUAAAGUGUGCGAGAAAGUCAAGGAGAAGGGUCGAACCAAUUACAAUCAGGUCGCUGAUGAACUUGUAGCAGAGUAUUUUGCUGCCAAUAAUAUGAAUUCUGAAGAGUUCCUAGAAAGACAAAAAUUUGAUCAAAAGAACAUUCGACGUCGUGUCUAUGAUGCCCUGAACGUUUUACUUGCAAUGAACAUCAUCUGUAAGAGGAAGAAGGACAUCGAUUGGGUUGGAUUACCAGCUACCAAGGCCGGCGAAAUAAAGCGGCUUGAAGAAGAAAAGGCAAAGCUCACUGAAAGGAUCCGACGGAAGAAAGAAACUAUUCAAGAGCUAAUAGUACAGCUUGUUGCUUACAAAAGCUUAGUGUGGAAAAACCGUGAGAUGGAGAGAGUAUCCGCCAGGCCACCUGAAAACACGAUUCUUUAUCUUCCUUUUGUAAUUAUCAAUACUUCAAAAAACACAACUGUCGACUGUGCUGUGUCUGGAGACCGAUCAGAGUUCCUGUUUAAUUUCGACCAGUCAUUUGAAGUUCAUGAUGACUUUGAGGUACGAAGGUGCUUCGCUUUUGGUUAUUAUACAUGCAUUGAUAAAGUUGUGUCACACUACAGUGCAGUGAAACUAACAUAG